AGGAGAGAGUCAGGCUGAAUUAGGAGAUGCUUUUGUGUUUCUACAAGGUUGACAGACUCCAGAAACCACGUUUCUGUGAGUUAGAGCGGACGCCACGGUAACACCGUGCAUCAGCCGAGCCCAGUCUGAGGGAGCUGAACAGGUCGCCUUCAAACACAAUACAGCAACACAAAGCAUCUGGCUUUGUUUGACAAAAGGAAGCAAUGUCAGGGUUGAAGAAACGAUGUUCAAACACGUCUGCGGACCGGGAUGAAGACGACAAGCAAGUGAUGGAGAAGAUGCUCUCCAGCAGAGGUGGGAAUGGGAACAUGAGCCGACCAGGAGACGGCACGCCUGAAAGCCCCACCGCAGAUAACUCAGCGGCGGAUGGAGAAGGGACAGUCGAGCUGAAAAGGACUAUAACUCUCGUCAACGGUGUGGCCAUUAUUGUAGGCACCAUUAUUGGCUCUGGCAUCUUCGUUACACCGACGGGAGUGGUGAAAGAAGCCGGUUCAGUCGGGCUGUCGCUGAUCGUGUGGGCUGUAUGCGGCGUCUUCUCCACUAUAGGUGCUCUGUGCUACGCCGAACUGGGAACCACCAUCUCCAAAUCUGGGGGUGACUACGCAUACAUACUUGAAGUUUACGGCUCCCUACCUGCGUUUCUGAAACUCUGGAUCGAGCUUCUCAUCAUCAGGCCGUCCUCGCAGUAUAUUGUCGCCUAUGUUUUCGCUACCUACCUCCUGAAGCCCAUCUUUCCCAUCUGUCCUGUUCCAGAGACGGGUGCUAAGCUUAUCGCCUGCCUGUGUAUCUUGUUGUUGACCGCUAUCAACUGCUACAGCGUGAAGGCCGCCACAAGGGUUCAAGAUGCCUUUGCUGCUGCUAAGCUACUCGCCCUGGGCCUCAUCAUCAUUGUUGGCUUUGUGGAGAUCGGCAAAGGUGAUACUACUGAGCUUCUGCCUGCAAAUUCGUUUAAAGGAACCAAUACAGACUUUGGUAACAUUGGAAUGGCUCUUUACAGUGGACUGUUUGCUUAUGGAGGAUGGAAUUAUUUGAAUUUUGUCACAGAGGAGAUGAUCGAGCCAUACAAAAACCUGCCUCGGGCCAUCAUCAUCUCGCUCCCCAUUGUCACCAUUGUCUAUGUGCUGACCAACCUGGCCUACUUCACCACACUCAGUCCGGAGCAAAUGCUCGGAUCUGAGGCUGUUGCUGUGGACUUUGGAAACUACCACCUGGGACCAAUGGCUUGGAUAAUCCCUGUGUUCGUGGGCCUUUCCUGCUUUGGCUCUGUGAAUGGCUCUCUGUUUACUUCAUCUAGGCUGUUCUUCGUGGGCUCCCGAGAAGGUCAUCUUCCAAGUUUGUUGUCGAUGAUCCACCCUGACCUUAUGACCCCACUGCCUUCACUUAUAUUUACGUGUAUCAUGACACUUCUCUACGCUUUCUCCAAUGAUAUCUUCUCAGUCAUUAACUUCUUCAGCUUCUUUAAUUGGCUCUGCAUCGCCAUGGCCAUCCUCGGCAUGAUGUGGUUACGCUACAAGAAACCUGAAUUAGAACGACCAAUUAAGGUCAAUAUUCUGCUGCCCAUUGUCUUCGUAUUGGCCUGCCUGUUCCUCAUCGUGGUGUCCAUCUGGAAGACCCCUGUUGAGUGUGCUAUAGGAUUUGGAAUCAUCGCCACAGGAGUUCCUGUGUAUCUCUUUGGCGUUUGGUGGCAGACCAAGCCAAACUGGCUCUUGCAGAUCAUCUUCUCUGCCACGGCGACAUGCCAGAAGCUGAUGGAAGUGGUUCCUCAGGAGUCCUGAAGACCAAACUGAGUGACAGCUGCCUUGUCCACGUACAAGUCUCCUCGUACCAACCUCAGUCCCCCUUUACUGUAUUCCUUGACUGCCUCACCUCCUCUUGUGUUAUCCUGCUGACACAGGCAAAAUCUAUAUGAAUUACCACAUAAGAAACCAGACAACAUCAGGUCACAGGAGCAUUUCGGUUGAGAUGUAGAUUUUGCCAGUCCUUCCUCAAUCAAAUGUAUUAUACUGUAUACAUUUCAGUCUUUAUGUCUGACUUUCAAUUUAUUUUAUUUUAUAUAUAUAUAUAUAUAUAUAUAUAUAUAUAUACAUAUAUACAUAUAUAUAUAUAUAUAUAUAUAUAUAUAUAUAUAAAAAAUGUAAGUACUGGAGAUAUGUGUCAUAUAACUUGGUGAUCCCUUUACUUAGGUCUUCAUUUGUUUAGUUGUUUUUGCUUCCUGCAUUGUGUUUUCAGCUUUUAUUUCGGAAUGUACAGUAUGUGAGGAAAAGUGCGUACCGUGCUGUACUAGUGGAGAGGUGCCAUUGUCUCUCUCAGCAACCAGAACUUUGAUUCCCAGCUUACUGAUAAAUUUGCAUCUUGGAUAACAGAAUGUCCUGUUAUGCAUCUCUUUUUCUACAGCAGAUAUGACCAGUUUGCUGUGCCUUUGUCUGUCAGUGUAGAACUGUAUUAUUUUUCGAGAUUGACUUGAUAUGACUUUAUACGUCAACAGAUUUAUUUUUGAUAGCCUAAUGCAGUUUUUUUUUUUUUUAUUGUCACUACGAAUUUCAAGGAAUCUCCUUUUUGUUUGGUCAUGGUCCUCUUAUUGAAUAUUACAGAAGGCAUAGACAUACAGUGUUCAAAAAUUCAUCAGAAUACAUAUAGCCUUGCUGCUUACCUCAGUGAACGUACAGGACAUUACAUUCAUAGACCUAGCUGUAUAUUUUUAUGACUAAAUAUGAUUUUGUGACGUACAAAAGAUGAAGCGCUGUUUUCCUUUCUUUAUUUUUAACGUUUAGUAUCUCUUUUCUCCAUCUGUUAUGCAAAUAUAUGUAAAGUACUUAACACUGGACCACCUUUUUUAUUUUGUUUCCAAUGAAGUUUGCAAUUAUUUAAACAAAGCAAAGGUUGCUUGGUAGUUGCAAACUUUUAAUAGAAAAUCAUCAUUUAAAACAGUUUGUUGCUGUUGUAUAUGCAUGGUUUGUCAGUUACUGCGUCUUUUUUUAUUGUACCAUCAAGGUAUCCUAAAAAAUACGCCUACAAAAGAGAUUUUAGUACGUCAUCAGACUGCGAAUUGAAAAAUUCAGAAUGAAUUUGCUGGGAAAAUGUGAUAUCAUAGUUGUGUUUAAGUUUUAGAUGGCUGUAGGUUGUUUUUUGUGUUAUCUUAGUUCUGAUUAAAUAGACAUUUGUUCCUAUACUGGACCAAAAUCAGCUGUAUGUGUGGGAGAAAACGCACAUUUUCCGUUAAAAAGUGGUGAGAUAAACACUAGGGGUGUUUUUGGUGAUGGAGUGGGGUGUUAUUUUAGGGCAAAAUGCAAGUUGUCCUUUGGUUAUUAUUAUAACAGAAACAUUUCCGAGGCUUCUGGAUAGAAGGACUCAGUAGAUCUGAAAUUAAAAAGAAAUUUUCUUCAUUGCUUAUGUUAUGUUUAUAGUUUUUUUUUAUGUUCAUAGUUUAGUUAAUGAACUUUGUAUUAUUUUGAGAAUUACAGCAGUAUGACUAACACUCCAGCCAACAAGAUCAUUUCAUCUAAUUUAAAUAGUUAUGUAGAAAUGUACUUGUAUGUAUUUAUUUAUUAUUUUUAGAGUUUUUUUUGUGAGUCUGUAAAAGUAUUUUGUAACUGAUGGCUUGGCGUAGUUUCCAUUUGUGCCCAUUAAAGGGAUAGUACUCCCAAAAAUGAAAAUUUGAUGUUUAUCUGCUUACCCCCAGGGCAUGGUUACUUUGUUUCUUCAGUAGAACACAAACUGAGAUUUUUAACCCAAACCGUUGUAGUCUGUCAGUCUUAUAAUGGUUUCAGCCGACCGUGAUUCCCAUUCACCUCCAUUAUAAAACUGACAGACUGCAAUGGUUUGAGUUAAAGAUCUCAGUUUGUGUUCUACUGAAGAAACAGUCACCUCCAUCUUGAAUGCCCUGGGGGUAAGCAGAUAAACAUCAACUGUUCAUGUUUGGGUGAACUGUUCCUUUAAUAUAAAAAUAACUGCAGAUGAGCUGAGUCUGCCUGCACUGACAUCUGCCCCAUGAAAACAGAAGACAUCGCAGGGACACUACAGUUCACAAUUUUUUGACAUAUGAUGAAUUAUUUUUGCUCAUCGCAGAUCUUUUGGUUUAAAUGUCUUAAUUAAAUACUUUAAAGAAAAAAAAAAAAACGUAACUCUUAUGUGUAUGCUUAUAUUCUUCUAAUAAAAUUGUCCACUAAACAGUUUCUUUAAACUUUAAACUUUUGUUUCUAUAAACACCAUAUUUUGCAUUUAUAAACUAGCAUGUAUGAUUAAAUUUUAGACCCAACAACAUCUUUACAGGCAUGAAAAUUUCUCAGUCUUUCAUCAGUUCAUUUUGAAGAUCAUUUUAGAGAAAACUGUUUUCUUGUGUGAUGCCGUAUUCAGCUGAUCUCGAAUCAGUCAUCUGCACUGUUUAUAGUACUCUGAACAUCUGUCCUGUCUUCUCUGUGAUGUCCAAUCAAAUACAACUACAAAUUGAGCAGUUUCUAGUAAUGGUUAAUGGUUAGAAAUUAAAUAAUUCAUUGUUCUGUGAUUUUUACUUUGUGGAAGGACAUUGUUGAGUAUUCAGAGAAAUAAAACAUCAAUUCAUUCAAAA